UUAGGUAGGUUUUCAGCCUCCUUAAAAAAUAGUUGAAAACUAAUGAUAUUCUGCUAGUUAUUUUAUAGAUUUUUCACCAUUGUCAUUAUUCAGAGAUGGAAAAUAUGAACAGCUGAGAGAAUCUUUGUUCCAGUCCAAUGGAUCGUUUCCUUCAGGUUGGAUACGUUCAGAUUGCUGCUCUUAUCCUGUUUACUUUAGCCUGUUUGAGUCAGUGCAGAGUUGAACGUGGCUGGUUCUGUCCCAAGGUGGGCGGUUCUGCUUAAAACUUUGAUUCAUGAACUCCUGUAGAGAUGUCUGGAUAGUUUUAAACAAUUAAUGAGAGCUUUAUCAUGUGUGAAUGUGAAGUGCCUACACAAAACCUUAGUGUGUCUGUUGUGAGGAUUGUGAACUAUGACAUUUUGAACUUUAAAAAACGUAUGCAUUUGACAUCGACAAGGGCUAUGACACACCUCUGCUUUAGUAAUAGGGCAUGUGACUAAUGGCUCCUCCUCCUCCAGAGGUGCUGUGAUUGUGAAGUCGGGGCCAGUCCAUUCUGCUUCUACCGCUUAAAACGCACACACACAUACAUACACACACAACCUCGCCCUCUGAGUCCAGCUGUAAUCAUUAACUCAGGCGCUUUCAGAGAGAUAGAGAGAGAAAGAGAGGCGCUGGUGUCUUUCAGUAAGUAGCGAAUCUAGAGCGAAACUGGACAGCGAAACGGAUAACCUGCCAGAGGUUCCAGCAGCCCAGAGAUCAUGGAGGCCUUGUGAUUGGGAGAAGCACAUUGACUGGCAAGCCAUUCUGCAUUUCUGGACAAAAAGGCAGCCCCAUACACCCCCAGUCCACCAGAGCACAAAGCUGUAGGACUUUAAGACGACUUUUCGUUAGACGACUCGCAUGAGGAUCCCAGAGGCGGUUCUAUGAUUAAGGUCCCAGAUACCGCCGUAGUGUUCCUGGAAAGAUAAGGCCAACUAUCUGGACUGAAAGUCAACAGGGCGGACUUGGACUAAGAGUUAGAGAGCAUGGCAGAGCGGGAGGGCGAGAAAGACUGGCACAAGCUGGAGACUUUCUUUGAGGUAAAGGUCUUCCUCACAGUGCUCUACAGUCUCAUCCUGGUCUUGGGUAUAGUGGGAAACAGCAUCACCAUCCACGUAACGCAGGUGCUGCAGAAAAAUGGGUACCUACAGAAAAACGUUACCGAUCACAUGGUAAGCUUGGCCUGCUCAGACCUGUUGGUGCUGCUGAUUGGCAUGCCUGUUGAGCUCUACAGUGCAAUCUGGUUCCCCUUCACUUCUGCUUCUGGGAACACCUCCUGCAAGAUCUACAACUUCCUAUUUGAGGCUUGCAGUUACGCCACCAUCCUGAACGUGGCCACACUGAGCUUCGAGCGCUACAUGGCCAUCUGCCACCCGUUCCGCUACAAAUCCCUGGCCAGGGCCCGAACCGCACACCUAAUUAUCGGUGUAUGGCUCACCUCAGUCCUCGUGGCUGUGCCCCUGCUGGUGGCCACAGGAACAGAGGGCCACGUUCUGGAACCUGGAGGGGCCCCGGCCCAGAACCUGACCUUCUGCACUAACCUACAACAGUAUUGGGUCAUGUACCGUGCCAGCGUCUUCAGCGCUUUCAUCCUCUACCUUGUGGUGUUGGGCUCUGUGGCAUUUAUGUGCAAGAGCAUGAUCACCGUCCUCAAGGCCCCCAUGACCACUGUGGACACUUCUGGCAGCAGAGGGGAACUCAGGGUGCCCAAACACGAGAGCGCCAGGGUCAAAGCAUCGCGCAAGCAGACCAUCCUAUUCCUAGUGUUGAUCUUGUGUGCACUCCUGGUGUGCUGGAUGCCGAACCAGGCUCGACGACUGAUGACCGCGGCGGCGCCUAAAUCAGAGUGGUCUCGCAGUUAUCUGGCGUCCUAUGCAGUUCUGCACAUUGUGGCAGAUACCUUCUUCUACCUGAGCUCAGUGCUGAACCCACUGCUGUACAACCUGUCCUCACGACAGUUCCGCAAGGCCUUCCUGCAGACGCUGUGCUGCCGCCUGUCCAUUCAGCACGUCAACAAGAGGACACUGGACAAGAGCAAAGCCUCAAACGCCUCCACCCACAUACUGCGACCCCUGCUGCGCAAAUCCCUGCGCCGCAAUGCAGGAUCCUCCAGCAGGAACACGGACUCGCCCACUACGAGUGGACAGAACAGUCCAGCAGUACAGAAUCUAACAGCAACCCUACCAAUUCCAUCAGAGACAGAAACAUGAAGCGUAACAUGGUCAGGGUCAUGGCACCAACUCCACUUAAACUUAGAAGGUUAUAAGAAUGGGACACAUUCCUGUUCAAUCAAAUAUAGUACAUAAAAUCAGCAUAUAUUGAUGUUGUCUCAGUGUAAAAGGCAUUGAGUAGCAUACAUACCAGGUAUAAAAACAGUAUACUAUAGUAUAGUACUGAAACAGGUUUAUUGACUGCAUCAAGACAGUUGUGUUGUUUCUUUUAAAUUUAAAAUCAUCAUAGACGUCUAAAUAGCGAACCCAAAGAUCUGUCUAGUGAAGUUCUAGUGAAGUUGAACAAUUAAGGCUUAUUUAUACUCAUAAUUCAAAACAAUGCUGCACAAUAUGGACAGCCUUCAGUCUGUAACUCUGCAUCCAUUUUAUCUGUAUUUGUGUUCAUUAUCUGUGAAACUGUGUUCCAAAGGUAGGCUGCAGCUGAUCGGGUGGGUCUUCCUUGGACAGUGCUAUGAGAACUGCUUCUGAGUAGCCUAUUGGUCACACAAAUGUAACAGGCUUAUAAUGAGGCCUUGUGGUGAUGUCACCUGAAAGGUCCUACCUUUUGCAACUGGUGAGUGAAACCUUUGAAAGGAUUUGUGGUGAAAAUGGUGUUUUUCACUAUUUUCUGGUGCUGUUUUUUCCCUUAAUAGUGUAUUAAUAGGGCUCUGAGUGGUCUAUGAUCAGGAGAUCGCCGGUUUGAAUCCUGCUCAUGUAGCUUGCCAUCAGCUACCAGAGCCCUGAGAGAGCACAAUUGGCCUUGCUCUCUCUGAAUGGGUAGAUGGCGCUCUCUUCCCUCAUCACUUCACAGGUUGAUGUCGCUCAACAAAAGGCGUAUGUGAGCUGAUGUAUCGCGACAGAGUCGCUGCGCUUUCCUCCGAAUGCGCUGUGAUGCUACUUGACAAUGCUACAUCAGCAGCAGUUUGAAAAUAGGUGGUGGGUGACUUCACAUGUAUCGGAGAAGGCAUGUGCUAGUCUUCACCCUCCUGGUGUUGAGGCAUCACUAGUGAUAGGGGGAGUCCUAAUGAGUGGAUUGGGUAAUUGGUCGUGUAAAUUGGGGAGGGAAAAUUAAUGCAUGUAUUAAUGCACUAGGUUACCAAGCACCUGAAAACAAAAUACAUAUGCUGCAUCCUAAAUUUUGCUCUUAACAUACCUUGCAUUUCAAGGCUGUACACUACUGUACACUGUUACAUUCUGAGAGUAACCGAUAAAUGCUGUCUAUCUGGGCUAAGCUGAGGCCUUGGGAUACAGUUUGAAAUCUUAAAGAUACAGACAGAACAAACCACUUGGAGCUACAUUUUUCCAAAAGGAAAACAUGAUCACUGCUGAACUGGCAGAACCUUCUAAAGAGUAUUUUAGUGACCUCACCUCUGUUUCUUUAUUAUUUUUUUGUUGUAGUAAGUACAUUAUCACAACCUCCUCCUUCUUCAACAUGUUUGUUUUUGUCAGGAAAUUUGACUUUCUGAACUGCCCUCAAGUGGAAGUAUUGCUGGAUAUCUGUACUAAUAUUAACAUUAGCAUAACGUUGGCAGUGAUGGUUACAACGAUUCAAAUGGGAAUUCACUUUUUUUCUUACAUAAAAAAACAUUGAAGAACCUUUUUAAAAAGUGUACCUACACACAAUGGACAUUUCCUCAGCAGAUCACAGUUAUAAUGCACUUCAUUUACAGCAACAGUUUACACUACCAUACUACAAUGCCAGUUUUACUGCUGCACUGAGAAUUUGGGUUCAUCACCUACAAACACACAGUUUAAAACACACAUUGCAUCAGUAUAGUAUAAAUGCUUGAUAAUGAUGGCGCAAGGUCUAGCAGCUUUUUUAAAGUUGAGCUCAUUGCUGAGGCACCAAUGUCAAGCAUCGGCUAGAGGGGUGUUAAGCAAAUGUCUUUCGUCAAGUUUUUCUGUAUCUGUCAUAAAAAAUGUUCAGGUUUCUUUGUUGACUCUUGAGCAGUUGUGUACAGUAUUGUUCAUAUUAAACAAUUUAUGUUACACAAAGUUUCUAUUUCACAUCAUAUUUUCUGUUUUUGGACCAUUUGGCAUAGUACAGGGUCUGUUUGGUCACAACCAAAUAAUGGUUGUACGGACAAUGUACUGUUCCAUAAAUAAUACAAUAAUAUUAACUUUAUGUUAAAAACAUUCUAUAAUAUAAUAGCAUAAUAAAGUAAUUGAAUUCUUUUAACAUGUUAUGAACCUUUAAUUAUUAAGCUAGCUCCAGAACUGAAAUAUAAAAUGUUUGUCACAUAGGCCAGACACAAGACAGACACAUGCAGAUAGGAUUUAUAAAUAAUGAGGGACAGGCAGGGUCAAUAACCAUAUGGGAGCAAAUAUAAACAACAUACCAGUGAGAGUAGUCAGGCAAGCAGGGGUCAUUCAUGAAGUAUCCAAAAACAGCAAGAGAGGAGACAGAGAUGCAUGAAUAGGUCGGCAAUAAAUUAAACAAUAAACUGAGCAAGGUGCACUAUAAAAAAGGGUUGCCAAAAACAAAGGAAACACAUCCUAGAAGAGCUAGAAAACUAACUUAAAUUCUCAGCAAGGAGCAAAGCAAACUGAGGAAUACAUAUGCAGGGGAGAGCAGGUGGAAACAAUCAGUAGCUCGGAGAGCCAGAAUGCUGUAGUGUCACGUGAUCAGUGGAGGCGGUGAAGUCUGGUGUGUGUGCAUGCUGAGAAAAGGAGUUUUGUGCAACAAGUUCAAGAGUCUGGAGCAGGCAGGCUGACACCAUCUGGACUGAUAAAUUUUUAAAUACCAUUUAUAAAUAAAACUUAAAUAAUGGGCUCUCCUUAUUUAUAAAUAAAACAUAAUGGGUGAUAUUGAGGUCAGCAAAAAGGAUUGAGGGUAAUGCACAUAUAUAUUAUCAAAAUUAUUGAUGUAUACUAAUUACUAGUACUAUUAUUUUGAGUAUGUAGUAUUUAGUACAAUGUAUCAAGGUGUCAGAAUUGAAUACACUCAAUUUUGCUAUGCAUACUAAGAACUGAUUGUGGUUGUGUUUUAAAUGUGGUUUAGAUGGACACUAUCGUCCCAUAAUGCAAUAAAAAAAUUGAAAGAGAAGAGCUACUUUAUUGUAAGAAAUUUAUUGUAAGACAUAUAUAGACCUGUCACAAUUCCAGCUC